AUGGUGCCAUCAGAGAAGUCGCAGCCAGCGACCGAACCGUACGAGACCGACAUCAAAGAAAUACACGAGACCACUUGGAGUUCGACAAGCUCUUCGAGUGCUUCACUCCGUUCUGUUCACGAUGAGGAAAGCGUAGAUGAACAGAACGAUCACACCGUAGCCUUCGCAGAUCUCGAGCCUACUGCUUCCAGAAGCAUACCGCUUCCGCCUCCGCCACAGCCGCACUCCAGUCCAAAGUAUGAGGUUAGAUGGGAGGAGAACGAUGUCGGAAAUCCUAAGAAUUGGUCGGUCUGGAGGAAGGCGCAUACUAUCUUCGCUUGCACAAUUGCGAGUUGUACAGUUAUGACUGUAGAGCUCGGAGUGUCUAACUCACUAGUAUCCCUUCUAGGCUUGUCAACAUACCUCUUCGGUAUGGCUUUCGGAAGCAUGAUCUGGGCUCCGCUGAGCGAGAUGUUUGGCCGCCGGCCGGUGUAUAUUUCGACACUGUUCGCCUUCAUGUUCUUCAUCUUCCCCUGCGCCAUUGCAAAAGACGUCUCGACCAUCCUUGUUUGUCGCUUCUUCGCUGCGAUGGUUGGUUGUUCGGUCGUAUCAAACUCGCCCGGCACAAUCAACGACGUCUCGACAGACAAGCACAGGGCUUUUACCUUCAGUUUUUGGUGCAUCGGCUUAAUGAAUGGACCCGUCCUCGGUCCGCUUAUUGGUGGCUUCGUGUUCGAUAGUCUGGGUUGGCGAUGGAUCCACUGGAUAACACUGAUACUUGCCGGUGUAUCUUUCCUGUUAAUGGCAACGGUGCCGGAGACGUACGGUCCUGCUCUCCUCCAGCGUCGUGCGGAAAAGAAGAGGAAGGAUACUGGUGACAGCCAAUGGUGGAGCCAGCAUGAUGAGAGACGAGCAUUCUGGCCCUUGCUUGGAGCAUCACUCUGGAGGCCAAUCUACCUUACCGCUACGGAGCCGAUUCUCUGGUUCUGGGAUCUGUAUAUCCUGAUCAUCUACUCGAUGAACUACUUGACAUUCGUAAUCUACCCAAGAGUGUUUGUAGGACUUCGUGGGUGGUCGACCGGUCACACUGGGCUCUCGUACCUUGGUAUUGGUGUCGGCAAUGUGUUGGUGAUCGUGUGCGAACCGCUCCUCAGGAAGAUGAUCCAAUGCAGGAGGCUAGGCGCCAACGGCAAGCCAACGCCUGAGUCGCCAGUAUUCAUCGUGUGCAUCGGUGCAAUCCUGGUGCCCAUAGGUGGUUUGAUGUUUGCUUGGACAUGCACACCGGACGUGCACUAUAUCUGGCCAAUCCUCUCGGGCAUUCCCUUUGGAGCGGGUACGACAGCAACAUUCAUCUAUGGAUCCAAUUACAUUGGACGUAGUUAUGGGAUGUACGCAGCGUCGGCCAUGGCUGGUAAUGUGUUGACUCGUACUAUUGCGGGCGGUACGCUUCCGUUGGCUGGACCAGCGAUAUGGAAUGCUCUUGGUCCACACUGGCAAGGAACACUGCUGGGACUGUUGGAGGUUCUCAUCAUUCCUAUUCCGUUUGUGUUUUACAAGUACGGCCAUCUGAUUCGACUCAAGUCAAAGUUCAUUAGCAGGAUGGAGCAAGAAGCCAAGGGUGGAGAAAAGGGAGGUGCCUAA